GCGAACACGAGCCCUACUUCACCAGCUUGUACGCCUCCAGCAAUGACUCUAGGGCAAGGGAAACGCGCAAAUCAUCGGCGGUCGAAGAAAGGCUGCGCCACAUGCCGGCAACGAAGGAUCAAGUGCGACGAGAUGCGCCCAACGUGCAUGCGUUGCACUAAGGCCAAGCUCCAUUGCAAUUAUACCACUACAUUCAAAGCCACGAGCCCUGUCGAUGUGUCGAACAACGGGAGGAGGGUAGAGCGGGUUCUACUGCCCAAACGGGACAUGUCGAGCUUGACGAUCCUCCGACCCACUGCUACCCUGCCAGGCGAAACCGACGUUGAGAACCAGUAUCUCAAGUACUUCCACCAGGAAACGACUUCUGACUUCCCAAGCACGUGGGACUGGUCCGUGUGGAAUCGCCUCAUGCUGCAGGGCUGUCACCACGAAGCGUUCAUCCGCGAUGCAGUUGUCGCCAUCGGCGCGCUGCACAAAUCCCUUCGCACGUCGGCGAUGGUCAGCUCAAAUGGGAGGAGCACGGAAGAGCUAGCGAAGCUGCAGCGACAGUUUGCGUAUCAGACGUAUGGCCGAGCGUUGAAAAAGAUUCAGCAUGCGAUCGACACCGGAUCUGGGCCGCGUGACGCGCUCAUCGCAUGCCUGCUCAUUGUGUGCUUCGAGUCGCACAACGGCGACCGCUACAAUGCCGGUAUCCACGCCCAACACGGCCUCCGCAUCUACCAUCAGUUACCGCUCAAAGACCGUCCCUCUGAAGUGGAAGACGACAUCGCCGAUGCCUUCCGCAACCUCGACAUCACCAUCUCGACCGUCUACGAUGACCGCGAUGUCGAGACGCAUGAAGCGCUCCUCGAUGAAGACGCCUCAAUCGCGGCCGCCAUGCCCCUCGCCUUCACCACCCUCGACGAAGCAAAGCGCUACUGGCACGUCAUCAUGCGGCGCUGCUGCCACUUCAUCCCGACCACGUGGGCGCACACCUCGCCGUCCUCUCUCAUCCGGCCCUUCCAAAACCCCAUCCCUGGCUCCUUCACCACAACGGUAGGCACAAACAUCCACACCGCGUCGUUCCGAAUCACGCCGGUGCUCGAAGCACAGCAAAGCGCCUACUACGCCGAGAUGUGCGCUUGGAUUCUCGCCUUCGCGCCCGUGCUCGCUCGCAUCCGGCGCAGCACCGCCUCCACGCUGCGCGAUUACGUGACCGCAUCGAUGCUGCAGAUCCAGGCGCUCAACGGAAAAGUCACGCUGGCCGGCCUUCUGUACGUCGGCGAAAUGGGGUACGACGACCAUAUCUCCGACUUCGCUUCCAUCAUCUCCCUGUCGCACGACAUCCUCCGCAUCCGCAACGCGGGGUCCUCAACGUCUUACUUCAGUGGCCUCUUUGUGCUGGACCUCGGGCUCAUCGUGCCGCUGUUCACACUGCUGCUGAAAUGCCGCGACCGCGUGCUGCGGUACCAAGGCAUCGAGAUCCUGAAGCAGUGGCACGUCGAGGGAUGGUGGGAUCCGCUGCUCAUCAUCGCAAUAUGCAAGUGCAUUAUCGAUGUUGAGGAAGAGGAGAUGGUGGGCGGGAUGAUUCCGGCGGAAGCGAGGGCGACGCUGACGGGGAAGUGCCAUCGGCCGCCGGAGAGGAGGAUGUUGGUGCAGUGCGUGCAGAGGAGGAAGGAGGGACUGCGGUGGGUGGAGCGGCUUGUGGAGUGGUAGAGGUGGGCAUCAGUCGGUGGUGUCCUGGCCUGGAGAUGUGUAUUCCCACGACUAUCGAUGUGAUUGGACGUUGGGAUGAGUAGAGAUGACUGAGUGUGUAUAUUCAGGGUCCCAUGUGGUGCAGAGUCACGUGCAGCCGCUGGCGCAGCCGCCGAACGUUCCAAACACU